UACUGGCCGAAAAUGCGCGCGCAGUUGCCAGUUAGACGGUAACUGCCGACAACGCUCUCCCUUGCAGAGUUGUGUUAUACGAGCGUGCGUUAGGAUGUGUUCGGUGAAUUCCAUAUAUACAUUUUAUCAAAUGACGUACAAUUGCGCGAGGAGUGAUUUUUACGUGAUCAUCAAACUCAGUGAAUUCCAUAUACAUUUUACCAAAUGGUGUACAAUUGCGCGAAGAGUGAUUUUUACGUGAUCAUCAAACUGGAUAGCUGACCAAUUUUCGGCGGGAUGUGAAGGUAAGAAAGAACUACAUAGUUACAGUCCCUUGAAAAAAUCUAUGUGUAUGCAUUGCACAUAGGAGCUAAAUAAUUCCCUGUAUUUUAAAUGCUGUUACACAUAGGAUAUGUUUUCAUUUAUUUCUAUUUCACUGCAGUAAUAUUCAUGGACACACAGGAUGUUUUAUCUCAUUAUAAAUUUUAACGUGCUGAUUCUAACAGCGCAAAUAUCUUAUUUCAGUAACUGGUGCGUACGAGAUUUUUCACAGGCAUUUUCAUGUUUGAAAAAAAAUUAAAGUAGUUAUUAAAAUAAUCAGUUUUAGAGUCUUUAUUAGCAGUUUAUAGUUUUUCAAGAAUUCGUUUUGUUCUCUGUAUUUGUUCUCCGGAACGUUAUACCUAUGCAUUAAAUGUUUUGGUAUGCAUUUGUCGGAGAUAUAAGUUUAUUUGUAAAUGUAAGCUUACACAUUUACAUUUUCAUGUUUGCCCGAAACAUUUUAAAGGUUUUAAAUAAUUAUAAAGGUUAAAAAUACUGAGGUGAAGUAAAUCGGAAGUUCGCUGAUAUCACCAUGUUUAUGGGGUCAUAAAAUGAGAAAAGGAUUUCCUGCCCUAUACAGAGUUCCGUUCAACACAAGGGACAUGUUCGAGGGCCAGUUAAACGUAAACGCGAGUGUUUAAUAGGUAAUGGGUGUAUGUGCGUUAGUAAGUAUACCCAGCUAUAUUGAUAAGUAUGCUUAUGAACGGACACGAACCCACUACCUGUUAAAAAAAUUUAGUUUACUUUUUACUGGUAAUCGAAUAUAUUAAUGUGUGCACAUGGAGCUCACAACAGACAUUUUUAAGAGCAUAUAAACACGUACUUUAGGUCACUCCACCUGAAUAUUUGAGGUAUGCUUAUUAAACAUAUCCUCACUAUCUGUUUCAAAUUCUUGUUUAUCUUUCACUGACCGUCGAACAUGGUAUUUUUGUUUGUAUGGAGCCAACGACAUUUAGAUAUAAAUAUAAACUGCUAGUGGGAAGCCAUCUUGGAUUCCAAUUGAACCAUCCCCGGCAGCCAUGUUGAUGACGCAGGGCAAAACAACGUUUUAUUAGCAAUCCUUGCCAUCAUAAAGGAGGCAGCCUUGACCCAAUAACGCUCGUAAAAAUGUGAAUUGUAGCAAUUAGACGGAUUAAAAAAAAAAAAUGUUUUUAAGUGAUUGCAGAUUUUGAUUCUGUGACGUUUUUGUUCAGGGUCAGUUUAAAAUUAAAAAAAAAAGAGGCAAAUUUCUUAAGUGGCAUACAGUUGCACGAACAGAGCAUCGCAUAGCAAUUGACUUCAGGAAUAUAUUUUUUUUUUUGGAAUUAGGGCUAUAUGCACAGCAUUAUGGGCUUUAAUGGCAAAUGGUAAAUUCAAAACUGAUCAUUGUAAAUGGACGUGCCGAGUGAUGUGACACUGCAGAAGAGUCGUGUGUCGAGUUAGCUAAUGAAGAGCAGACACAAGCUACUCCAGGAGGUGCUGCUAGUGGCGGAGUAAGCGGCAACUACAAGGAUAUCCAAGCGGAGAAUGUGCAAUGCAAUUAAGUCUGCUGGAGCAAGACCGCCACCUGCUGCGGCGCAGGCUGGAGACCUCGCAGUCGGACUACGAGACGAGGCUCGUAGAGCUGCAGGCAGACAUCAGCGACCUGCAGCACUCCUUGGAGGAGCGCGAGGCAGUCUUCAGGCAGGUCGAGAAGGAGAAGGCUCUGCUGAUCUCGGAACUGACGGCGCAGAACCUGCGGCUGACCUCGCAGCUCAAGGAGUCCAGUCGCGCUGAGGAGCAGCUGUCGUCGCAGUUGCAGGGCCUUAAGGACGAGUGCCACUUGAAGAAGUCCAGUCUGCAGGACCACGUCAGCAGUCUGGAGAUGCUGCGUGAAGAGAUACACGUGGUCUCUGAGAAGAAGGCUGACCUGGAGAGAAGACUCCAGGCUCUGCUGAAGGAGCGAGAGGCCCUCAGCUGCGCUCUGGAGGAAGCCACCGACAGGAUAGUGGUGUUGGAACAACACGUGCACGAGCAGCAACUGCAGAUGCUGCAGUACCAGAAGGACAUGCAGCAGUUGCAGUCGGCGAGUGCCCUGGAGGCUCUGACCUCCAGUGGCCACAGCAGCAUGAACAAGACACACCGGUCGCUGCUGCAAGAGAUGGAGUGUGAAGACGACUCCAGCAGCGAGGCUUACCUGCUGAAAGAGGAGGUAAUGUCAGUGUACCGCCAGCUUCAUGCUUUGUAUGAGAAACUUAUGCUCGGCUCAAGGAGUCAGGAUAAUUCUGAGGCAUCUCUGAAGUCCUCGCUGUCGCUGUCCCACCAGGUCACACUGCAGAACUAUAAGGUUGGCACUUUGCUGGAGUUAUCUAAAGACCUGUCCACGCUGGUCUCGGAAAGGCUGAAUGGUUGCAGACUAUCCGGUGAUCAUGAGCUGGAAAGGGAACUUCACAGAACACAAGAACUGAUGGAACGAUUGCAGCAACAAUAUGACCAAAAAGUAGAAAAGUUGAAGCAGCACACUGCUCACAUAAUGGACCUUGAAAGCAAACUGAGCGUGCAGGAGACGCGGAUGCGCUGCACGGCAGAGGAGCGCGACCAGGCGCGCAGCGACGUGGCAGACACGCGUCUCGCCCAGGACCAGGUGGUGCGACGGGCGUGGGAGGCGCGCGACAAGGCGCUGGCACGCAAGAACCAGCUCGAGGUGGAACUGGCUCGCACUCGCAUCGAGAUGAUGCAGGCCAACAGCCAGCUGAUGGAGGCCAUCCAGCAGAAGGUGGAGCUCAGCGAGCAGCUGGACCAAUGGCAGAUGGAUGUGCAAUGUCUGUUAGAUGACCAAGUGAAGAACAAGCUCUCAGCUCAAGAACUACGUUCUCAAGUGAACACCAGUGAUUACGAAAGUUGCAGUUCCAAUGUUUCAUCAAAUGAUAAGAAGCAAAUCCAGCCAAGAAGAAUUUUUGGUAUCUUUCAAAGAUGACAUCAGAAGAAUAAAAAUUGUAAAUAGUUAAAAUCAUUUAACUGUUAACAUCAUAGCAUAGGUUCAACAUUGAUAUGUUCAACUUUUUUUUAGAUAGUACUUACAUGAUAGCACAGAGUGUAAAUUUUAGCAGUUGAAAUUGUGUUUGACAGGAUUGUAGUUUGAUAAACAUUUUGUACAGUAAUUCAAGAGGUUAGCAAAAUCAAACUGUUACAAACUUUUAUGAAAUAAAAUAGUUGUGACUGCUUUUUAA